AGUGCUAGGAUUAUAGGCAUGAGCCACUGUGCCCCGCCUAUACCAUUUUUUCUUAUUGCAACUUAUUUUUGUUCACUACAUCAUGUCUCUUCUUGAGCUGCCUUAAAUCAUAACUUCUGGGUAGGAGGUUUUGAUAUUCUCUUGAUCACUGUGGAUGUGUUCAUGGUUGUUUUGUGUGUGUGUGUGUAGGGGAAGAGUUAAAUGAGUGAGAUGGAGCUUUUGUAACAACUUGUAGCCAACUUUUCCUUCAUGGGAAGCAAAUUUAGUGGCGGCCACUGAGGUGGCUCCCAACCUCUGCGGGACUUGGAGGAAAAGGUGAAACGUUCUGGCUCCGGGACCUCAGCUGUCUCUAAGGCAGCAGCAACUGCUCUCUUGCCGUUUCUCCUUUAGGGAAAACCACGCAGUUGUGUAAGAAGGAAGCAAUCAUGUGCUGAAAUCUUCUGGAAAUGAAAACCCAGUGCAACUAUCUUAGACCCCUAACUCUGAACACUUACAUGAAAGGUAAACACCUGGGAGAAGCUGACAGACCACCCCAAGUCUCCAGACCACCCUAAAGCCAUGAGGGUGGGGGAUGGCUAGGGGAAUGUUUCAAGGAAAGUUCAUGGGUCACCUUGUUCCACGCAGGCAACCCACCUAGGGCAAGAGCGACAGCACCACGGACACCGCCAAGCCCGGGGCUGGGGUGGGGACAGGCGUGGGCGGCACCAACAGAGCAGAGAGCAGGGACUGCACGCUGGAGCCGGGAGGGAGGCGAGCGCGGCAGCACCAUGGACAGCGCCAAGCUCGGGGCUCAGGUGGGGACUGGCGGCGGGCGCACCAACAGCGCAGAGCGCAGGGACCGCGCACUGGAGCCGGGAGGGAGGUGAGAGCGGCAGCACCACGGACAGCGCCAGAGCUGCGCACGCCGGGAGGCGGGGAGAGAUGGUCUUAUCCGCUGACGUCUUACGUAGGGCUGGAUCCCCACUUUGAUAAGGCAGGUCUAGGUGGGCGCGCCAGCCUUCCUUCCCCACGCCGCAGCCUCAGACGGGGUGGGGAGGGGAACGGAGCAGAGCACAAGGCAGGUCCCAAAAAUUGGCUUCCUGGGCACGGAGUUGAGGCUGCAGCCUGCUGGCUGGAGAGCGGGGCGGGCAGGGAGGCGACAGCACCGAGAGCUAGUGCUCUGACGCACAGCCCCUCUCCCGGCACCCCCAAGCGCCCAGCUUCUCCCUGACCUGGGAGAUGCUCCGCUCUGGCCGGCCAGACCGCCGCUUCUGCCGGAGCGAGGAGACUUGAGUGUGCGACAGCUUAGGCGAGCCCUGGCUGCGGAACAACCCCUCGCCUCGGAACAACCCCUUCCCUAGCCCCUGAGGGCUUCAGACCUGCGCGCUUGCACCCUCCUCUUCUCCACCCUUGGGGCCAAAUUCACGGGCAUUUUCCAGAAACCUCACCCCUUGGCCAGAGGCUGCAAACAUCCGGAUUGGCUUUGAAUGCACUGAUCACUUUAAGUUUUCUGGAACGCCCAUUCCUCAAGCACCCCGGGCCCCGUCUCCUGACCCAGAGAUGGAUUUGCCUGUGAACCUAACCUCCUUUUCCCUCGCGACCCCCUUCCCGUUGGAGACCAACCGCAGCCUUGGCGCAGACGGCCGGCGCCCCAGCGCGCCCCUGCUCUCCGUCUUCAAAGUGCUGGUUCUGACACUGCUGGGCUUCCUGGUGGCUGCGACGUUCGCCUGGAACCUGCUCGUGCUGGCCACCAUCCUGCGCGUGCGCACCUUCCACCGUGUGCCGCACAACCUGGUGGCGUCCAUGGCCAUCUCGGACGUGCUGGUGGCCGCGCUGGUCAUGCCGCUGAGCCUGGUGCACGAGAUGUCCGGGCGCCGCUGGCGGCUGGGCAGGCGGCUCUGCCAGCUGUGGAUCGUGUGCGACGUUCUCUGCUGCACAGCAAGCAUCUGGAACGUGACUGCCAUAGCGCUGGACCGCUACUGGUCCAUCACGCGGCACCUGGAGUACACGCUCCGCACGCGCAAGUGCGUGUCCAACGUCAUGAUCGCGCUCACCUGGGCGCUGUCUGCUGUCAUCGCUCUGGCUCCGCUGCUGUUCGGCUGGGGAGAGACUUACACGGAGAGCAGCGAGGAGUGCCAGGUCAGCCGCGAGCCCUCCUACACCGUGUUCUCCACCGUGGGCGCCUUCUACCUGCCGCUCUGCGUGGUGCUGUUCGUGUACUGGAAGAUCUACAAGGCCGCCAAGUUCCGCGUGAGCUCCAGGAAGACCAAUAGCGUCUUACCCUUAUCUGACGCUGUGGAGGUGAAGGGCCCCGCCCAGCAGCCCAAGACGGUGUUCGCCGCCCGCCACGCCGUCACCUUCCAGACGGAGGGGGACACGUGGCGGGAGCAGAAGGAGCAGCGAGCGGCGCUCAUGGUGGGCAUCCUCAUCGGGGUGUUCGUGCUCUGCUGGGCCCCCUUCUUCAUCACGGAGCUGCUCAGUCCCCUCAUCUCCCGAGACAUCCCCGCCAUCUGGAAAAGCAUCUUCCUCUGGCUUGGCUACUCCAACUCCUUCUUCAACCCCCUGAUCUACACGGCGUUCAACAAGAACUACAACAGCGCCUUCAAGCACUUCUUUGGUAGGCAAGCGUGCGUGAGCGGCACAGGCCAGGGUCCAAGCCCCAGAGCACCAACGCAGUGGCCACUCUUGCAGGCAAGGACCUAACUGCUGUUUUUUUUGCUGGUGUACAAAUGCCUGCUAGAGGCCAAGACCGGUAAGUGGGGACAAAAGGAGAGCAAUAGGAAGAUGUGGCCUCAGUCCUCUAUCACUGGUGAGGCCAGGCGACUAAGUGAUCAUAUAAAACCUGUGUCAGUAUAUAAAACUUUAAAAAAAAAAGCAAAUCUUAGGCCUUGAAACCGCCUGUGGUCUGCCGUGUCCCUGACUCCUUGCAUGAACUGAAGAAUCACGUAUUAUGAUGAUCUCUGAAUUACUGUAAUACACAAAAUAAUAUAUGUACCGUGUUAUGUAUAAUAAAUUAUAUCAAUGAAGACUUCAACAAUCAGAGAUCUGUGACGAUUUUUAUGUGGUUUUGGCUUGAAGUUAAGCCUUGCAUUUAUUGCAAAGACGGCCUUUAUCCAAAGAAUGUGAGCAGAUGAGGAAAUGUUGGACAGCUGUGAAAGUCACAACUGCUGCUAAAUGCAGACCCUUAACUGUGCAUUCAAACCCAUUCAUUGAAGAAUUUACUUGAGAAAAACCUAAGGCUAUUUCCAUUUCUGUAUCUAAAACUUGCAGUGCUAAACCCACACAUAUUUUCAAAACGGACUGUUCACUUACUCAAGUCACCUUUCCCCAUUAUUUAUUUAUUUUUGAGACAGAGUCUCGCUUUGUCGCCCAGGCUAGAGGCAGUGGCAUCAUCACAGCUCACUGCAACCUCCAACUCCUGGGCUCAAGCGAUCCACCUGCCUUGGCCUGUGACUGAUGAUCUUCUACCCACGAAGGCCACUUUCAGUUUUGCGUUUUCAUUGUGCAGUAGUGAAAAGUGGGGGGGUGUUCCUGAAUCUGUGUUGACAUUAGGUCACUUUUUGGAAAUUAAUUCUUGCUAUAAGCUUAUUAUUUGUCCCUUCGUCCUGUUUCUGUGUCGGUUCUACUGGACUCAUGAUGCCGUGUAAAUAGCCCAAGAGGCUGUGCAGUCAGCACCACGGGUGUUUCUGCAGAGACCAUACAGGCUGUGCGGGACUGACUGUGCAUCGGGGACGAGGUGGCCUCUGGGGGACGGGCUCGUGGGAGGCAGCCGGCAGGUCUCUCAAUGUCUCUGUCCCCGACAGGCAAGGAGGGAUCCUGGCACUGCUCAUGGCCUGGCACCACCCGGGCUGAUCAGCGGGGCCUUGCCUGAUCUCCGGGGGGCAUUCUGUGGUAGUCCGCUGUCUUCCCUGCACCCGUGAGGCCCCAACCCGGCCGCGGCACCCCAGCGUCCCUGCUGUGCACGCAGGUGCCGGCCACAGGAGGAGGACACCAGGUUGCCGGCUGCCAGCGGGUUAAACGGUUCUGCCAGACCAUCGGUUCUUUCCUGGCGUCCUGGGUCUUGCGGUCCAACCACAUCCCAACUCCCGUCUUCUCCUUUCUGUCUGGCUUCACCUUGGAAGCUCAGGGCUCCUCCGCCACGCGGCAUCCUUUGCAAAGCUCAGGGUUGCGCUGGCCGUGUUUGGCAGGCUCUGGCUCCAGCCUGCGUGAGCAGGGCUGGGGAAGCAAGGAAGAAGGCGAUGUGCUACUUGUUUAAUCGGUUCACCUCAUGACCCAGUGUCACGCGGAACAAGGAAUAAUCGUGAACGUUCGUUAAGCACCUGCCACACAGGGCUGUGCACUUUGUAUUCACCUUUCGCCUUGGGUCCUGACGGUAACCCUCUGAGGUCUUACGGAGAUGUCACACAAAAGUCGUUUGAGUCUUGCAAAAAUGAAAUGACUUAUCCAAGACGAAACAGCUAGUAAUCGUAAAUUACA